CUGAGAGAAGAAGAAGAAGAAGUUUCGAGAGCGUGAGGGGUAAAUAACAUGGCGACAGAUAACAUAACAACCAAAUACUGAAACUAAUUUAACUAAAUGUGUAUAACAGUCAAGCAGACGUAAAGUGAAUAGUGGUGAAGAAUAACUGCGUAGCAAAAUAUCAGCAUAACUACAGUGUAAGUUAGUUAGCGGACGUUAGCCGGGGUGAAGCCGCAGCAUGUCGGUGCACUUCGAGGAGAGGAGCGGUGUUGUCCCCUGCAAGACCCCCUGGGGCUCCUGGUACCAGACCAUGGAGGAGGUUUUCAUUGAAGUCAAUGUGCCUCAUGGGACGUCUAGUAAAGAGGUCAAGUGUCGUCUGGGUUCCAGAGACAUCGAGCUGCAUGUCAAAGGCGAGGACAUUUUCAAGGGAAAGUUGUUUGACACAACCAUGUCUGACGAGGCUACAUGGACACUAGAGGACAAGUGUCUCAUCCGGAUCGUUCUGAUGAAAACUAACCGAGAGGCAGGGAACUGCUGGGCCUCCCUGCUGGAGGGGGAGUACUGUGCUAAUGCCUGGGUCCAGGACCAGAUGCAGAGGAAGCUCACACUGGAGAGGUUCCAGCGGGAGAAUCCUGGAUUUGACUUCAGCGGUGCAGAGAUAUCUGGGAAUUUUGCUGGCGGCGGUCCAGACUUUUCCAGUUUACAGAAGUGACUGAUGUCAUGAUGCCAAACAAUCUGUUACAUGCUGCAGAUGUCCCCUCUGCCUAAUGAACACUACUGAGGACAUCAUGGCAUGCAUAUAUGAACAGUGGAUUAAUCUGAUCUCCUUUGAUGAGAAAUCAAGAUUUGCCUUCAGAACUCAAAUACUGGGCGGUCUACAAGACCUUUUUGUUCGACAAAAGACACUUUUCACAGCAGCCCUUUCAUUUGACUUGUUUAGGCCCGAUUUGAGUUGCCAGGCUCAUGCAGGCCAAACAACAGUUGAUGGAAAAUGUUCUAUUUGGAUGUAUGAAACCUGUGUGGUGUUUUAAUAAUAAAAAAAGAAUGCACAAGCAAUAGCUUUUCAAUAACGUUUUAUUGAAAGGUACAACUUUAAGGUUAGCGAGAUGGUGUAUUCAAUUAGCCAUUUUGAAUUUGAGAACACAUUUUAAUUUUGUCACUCAAAGAAACUUCUACUUGACAGGGAAACUGGCAAAGAAAAUGCAAUACAAAUUCCAAUCCACAUUUCCACUGCAACAACCUUUUUUUAGUAUUCUCUGCAUAAUUGACAACUGAAAUCAAUUAAUAUGGUACUUCACUCUGUGUACACAAAUUAAGAAUUGGUGAAAACAACUCAUCUGUAACCACAGACAUUUCAGCUCAAAGAGUAUGUCAGCCAUACAUGACAGGAUCGUCAGUAGCCUCACUUCACUGGAGAAAACCAGAGCUCCCUCGC